GCUGUGCGAGCCGGGCCAGUCAAUCAGCGGCAGAGCUGAGAAGGGCACAGCCGCGCGGCCGAAGGCAGUGAGCUGAGCCAGGCUGGGUGAGCGGAGCAGCGCCGGGUGGCUGAAGCCCCGCGCCAGCGAUCGCCCGCCGACGCCGCCCACACUCUGCUCUCCUGCGACGCCUGCCAUCCCUUCCUUCCCUGAGCCCCUCCGCCCCUGGCUAGCUGGCCCGGGUUCUCUAGCCUUCGGAGUCCCGAGGUCACGGAUCCUCUCCCUAGUCCCUUGGGUCCCGCGCCCAUUCCACGCCUUUUCCCUCGUACCCCACCCCGCUGGGCGCCUGGCACCGGGGACCGUUGCCUGACGCGAGGCCCAGCUCCACUUUUCGCCCGCGUCUCCUCCUCCUGCCCUCCUCCUCCUCCUCUUCCUCCUUCACUACCAACUCCAACUGCCCGGUUCUCGCUCUGCUCGGGAGUGUUCACUCCGUGCCUCUCUGCCCGCUCCGCAGCGCUGCUUUCCAUCCGGUCUCAUUCUGUCCCCUAAAGGUGGGAGCGCGUCCGUCAGGGUCCGCACCAUGGCACGCUUAGGCUUGCUCGCGCUCCUCUGUACCCUGGCCGCGCUCAGCGUCUCGUUGCUGGCUGCGGAGCCCAAGUCGAAAAGUUGCUCGGAAGUGCGACGUCUCUACGUGUCCAAAGGCUUCAACAAGAACGAUGCCCCCCUCUAUGAGAUCAACGGUGAUCAUUUGAAGAUCUGUCCCCAGGAUUAUACAUGCUGUUCUCAAGAGAUGGAAGAGAAGUACAGCCUGCAAAGUAAAGAUGAUUUCAAAAGCGUGGUCAGCGAACAGUGCAAUCAUUUGCAAGCCAUCUUUGCAUCCCGUUACAAGAAGUUUGAUGAAUUCUUCAAAGAACUUCUUGAAAAUGCAGAGAAAUCCCUGAAUGAUAUGUUCGUGAAGACAUAUGGCCACUUAUACAUGCAAAAUUCAGAGCUAUUUAAAGAUCUCUUCGUGGAGUUGAAGCGCUACUAUGUGGCGGGAAAUGUGAACCUGGAAGAAAUGUUAAAUGACUUCUGGGCUCGCCUUCUGGAGCGCAUGUUCCGCUUGGUGAACUCCCAGUACCAUUUUACAGAUGAGUACUUGGAAUGUGUGAGCAAAUAUACAGAGCAGCUGAAGCCUUUUGGAGAUGUCCCUCGGAAACUGAAGCUCCAGGUUACCCGUGCGUUUGUUGCAGCCAGGACCUUCGCUCAAGGCUUAGCAGUUGCAAGGGAUGUAGUAAGCAAAGUCUCUGUGGUGAACCCCACAGCUCAGUGCACCCAUGCCCUGCUGAAGAUGAUCUACUGCUCCCACUGCCGGGGCCUGGUGACUGUGAAGCCCUGUUAUAACUAUUGCUCAAACAUCAUGCGAGGCUGUUUGGCCAACCAAGGAGACCUUGAUUUUGAGUGGAACAAUUUCAUAGAUGCUAUGCUGAUGGUGGCAGAGAGACUGGAAGGUCCUUUCAACAUUGAGUCCGUUAUGGAUCCCAUCGAUGUGAAGAUUUCUGAUGCUAUCAUGAAUAUGCAGGAUAAUAGUGUUCAAGUGUCUCAGAAGGUUUUCCAAGGCUGUGGACCUCCGAAGCCUCUCCCAGCUGGACGAAUUUCUCGCUCCAUCUCUGAAAGUGCCUUCAGUGCUCGAUUCAGACCUUAUCAUCCAGAGCAACGCCCAACCACGGCAGCUGGCACUAGUUUGGACCGACUGGUUACUGAUGUCAAGGAGAAACUAAAACAAGCUAAGAAGUUCUGGUCUUCUCUCCCAAGCACCGUUUGCAAUGAUGAGAGGAUGGCAGCGGGAAAUGAAAAUGAGGAUGACUGCUGGAAUGGAAAAGGCAAAAGCAGGUACCUGUUUGCAGUGACAGGAAAUGGAUUGGCCAACCAGGGCAACAACCCAGAAGUCCAGGUUGACACCAGCAAGCCAGACAUACUGAUCCUCCGUCAGAUCAUGGCCCUUCGGGUUAUGACCAGUAAAAUGAAGAAUGCUUACAAUGGAAAUGAUGUGGACUUCUUUGAUAUCAGUGAUGAGAGUAGCGGAGAGGGAAGUGGAAGCGGAUGUGAAUAUCAGCAGUGCCCUUCGGAGUUCGAGUACAACGCCACUGACCAUUCUGGGAAGAGUGCCAACGAGAAAGCUGACAGUGAUGGUGGUGCCCAUGCAGAGGCAAAGCCCUACCUCCUCGCUGCUCUCUGCAUCCUGUUCCUCGCUGUGCAGGGAGAGUGGAGAUAAUUGUCAAACUCUUGAGUAAAAGUGUUCAUCAUCAGAAAGUUCAAAGGCACCAAGUUCUCACUUUUUUUUUUUUUAACCAUCCUAGUGACUUUGCUUUUUAAAUGAAUGGACAACAAUGUACAGUUUUUACUGUGUGGCCACUGGUUUAAGCAAUGUUGACUUUGUUCUUCUCAUUCAGUUUGAGGGGACAGCGGGGCCUCCUGCCUUUAAGUUUGUUCCCCCCCUCACCUCCCCACUUCUUUGAGACUUGUGUUCUGCGUGGCUAGCAGUGUAGGUACAGAACUGUAGUUAGUUGUGCAUUGGUGAUCUUGUUUUCUUUGUUGGCUUCUCUCAUUUUAUUUGUGGGGUUUUUCUUUUCCAAUGAUGGUCUCACCUUGUUUCUUACAAGAAAACCAGGGUCCUUUCUUGGCAUGUAACAUGUACGUAUUUCUGAAAUAUUAAAUAGCUGUACAGAAGCAGGUUUAUUUAUCAUGUUAUCUUAUUAAAAGAAAAAGCCCAAACAAGCUGGAAAAUUUCCAUUUAUCCCUAUUAUUUUAGCUGCCUUAUUGGGAGAGAAGUGGAGUUGACUUUGGGUUUUCUUUCUUUUCUUUCUUUCUUUCUUUCUUUCUUUCUUUCUUUCUUUCUUUCUUUCUUUCUUUCUUUCUUUCUUUCUUUUAUAUUAAGUUAGGACAGAAUGUGAAGGCACAAGCAGGGUUCUGAGCCAAUUGCCGGACUGUGUUCAAACACCAAGACAAGAACAGAAUGAGACUUCAUUCAUAGCUGGAGAUUGGAAGAGACUGCAGAUCACCCCCCCCUUUUUUUAUUGAGUUGAAUCACAUGUAACUCGAUUUCUUGAACCCACCCAAACUUAAAGUGGACCCCAUCCAGCAAAGUAAAGAUUCUUGAUGUAGUGUCCUUUGAAAGAAGAACGGCACUCAGGAUGUCCCACUUAGCCCUUGGACACAUAGGCUUGGGGAUGUUUAUUAAACACCAGAUAAGUUGGGAAGUCACAGUGUACCAAUUUUUGUUUUAGUGCUGACACUUUCUGUGUUUUUACCCCGAUGGCAGUAGCAAGUGACCAGUGACUUCAUUUGCUCCUGUGUUAGAGUGCUGCAGAUUUCUGACCUACUGACCAGUCUGGGAAGAGUGCCAGAACUGGGGUAUAACCUGGGCUCCGUGAAUAGCUGUUAACACUCUUUUGAGCAGUUUUUGUCUUGUGUGUACAUACUUGCAGGGUAUUUUGGGGGAGGGUAUGUUUGUUUGUUUUAGAUUCCAGUUUUUAAAAUAGUGUAAGGUUGUCUGCUUUGAUUUUUUUUUUUUUUUUGCCUGCUCCUUUUGAUCAGUUAAAUGAAGGACUUAAGAGUGGUCUGCAUCCAUUUGCUUCAUAUCCCAGGCAAGGAGCUCACAGGGAGGAGAGCUGAGUGCUGAGCUCCGGCGUCUCUUAUCUUUUGUGGGAGAGAUGAGAAUAGGUAAAAUUGAGAAGAGCACAUCUUCUCAGUGACUCUUAGCCACAUGGAUGGAGUGGCGAAGUUGUCCCAGGCCAAAGACUGUCCACUGCCUUGUCCCUUUGGAACCCUUUCCUUGUGUACAAAUAACUAGUCAGAAAAUCUGGAGAACAUAGCAGAUCAUUUCAAAAUGAGUUCUCAGGUCUUCAGAAAGACUACAACCAUGCAAGUCUCUUCCUGCUCUAAAAGUCAUUUAGAUCCCAGAAUUCUACUGAACUGAAAGCCCAAUCGUCAGCUGUACGAGGAAAUCUCUAUUUUAUAUUUUAUAUUUUAUAUUGAAACACAAUUACUUGAUAGCUCAGGGUCUACAUUUCACUCAACUUUUUACACCAAAUUCUGAAGAAUGGUCAAAAUAAAAUAUUGGGGGCUGUUGUAAACAGAGGCUUAAUUUUA